CAAUGCUCGACAGGGAGCAGAGCUGGUCUUCUAACACGGGGUUUCGCUGGGUGUUUUUCCUCCGUUGAGGUUACCUUUUCGUACUGCUGAUCCUUAGUGCACCGGCUCGGAAGUGCACGUUUUUCUACAUUCUCUACAGUUCAUGUAAAUCCUGAAUGUCGAACAUAGUCUGAGGGCUGAUGUUCGUUCGUCCGUCCAAGCACCUCCAGUUGUCCGAUCGUCUGGUAUGCGGCCUCCGUGGGUGACACUGAGCACUACCCAGUGACUACUUUUCGGGAACGAUCGGGAGGAGCAGGAGUCUACUCUACAGCCAUCAAACUUAAAUCCAUCGUAGCGGCGAGACGCAGUCCAGAGAUGUAUUUCUGGGCCAUCUUCCUUCUGACUGCAGCGUGUGCCGAUAGACAAGUGGGAGCAGCAAAGAGUCCACCCCGACCGGUGGUUCAGUUUCACUCCUUUGACCAGUGCAAAGGCGUAGACACUCCUGGCAAGCUGCUCAACUCAUCCAUCAGCCGCUCGAAGCAAGGAGCCGCUGCCAUCAGUGCUGACUUCUACAACCACAAAGUACUCAAGACAUUUUCAAAGAUGGAGCUGGUCAUGACAAAGUGCGCGGACGCCGUGUCGUUUAACACAUGCGAGUACGUGGCCACGCACAAGUUCUCCGUGGGACUGUGUCAACUCAUCCCGUCCCCUUCCAUGCCGUGGGCCACGUUUUUGGCUCCCAUGCAACCACCGAUUCGCUGCCCUCUCCAAACUGGUCUUUACAAGUUGAGGAACGCGACGGUGGACAUGCAAAAAACCGCGGGGUCCGGCAUUUUCGACGGCAGUCAAGGAUAUGUCCACCUACCGGAAGUGCGGAUCUUCAAUGAAAAGAACGAAAUGCAUGUUUGCUUCACCCUUGCUUUCAGUUUUAUGCGUAUCAGGAACUGAUUAGAGUAUCAGAAACUAAACCUGAUAAGCCAAUCAGAAACUGGUGAAAUCGGGAGACGUGGAGGUGAAACGUGAGCAAGCAAUAAAUGAAUGUAUG